AGGUUCCAUUUUUAUUUUCGUAUGGUUUUCACUUUCUACUCCCAACUCCCCAGGAUAAACUAAAACCCUUCUGAUCGUCAAAAUUAGGGUUUUGGCAACCAAUAUACGAUAAGCAGCACAGAUGAUUCACGCUGCAGUUAAGCUAUCAAGAUCGGUCAUUUCCCUCUCUCGAACUUCCCGACGGGCUGCAAUCCCCUGCAGAACUUCAUCGCAGCCGUUGAGACUCCUCCACGAUGGAAUCAAAGGUCCCGGUUCCAAUCCAGUCGCUGUUCAGAUGAUCAAUUACGCUCUCUCACAUGCCAGGUCCCAGAAAUCAGAUGAAUCAUUUGCUCAAGGCAUGUUGAUAUUGGAGCAGUGUCUUUCAAUUCAGUCAAGUGAAAGUGAAGGUCAAUACACUCAAAACUCUGUUGGAACGGUGUUACUUGCAAUGUCUAAUUUAUUAUAUGAAAGAGGAAGUAUUGAAGAAGCUAUCGGAAAGUUGCAUAGAAUUCAGGAAUUAACCCAUUCCUCCUUGGGCGUUAAAGUUGCUGCAACAGAAGCUCUUGUUGGUCUCUAUUUACAGUUGGCCCAGGAUGAUACUUCAUCAGUUCUCGCAGAUAAAUGCUUAGAGUUUUUGCAUAAAGAAGAUUUAAAAAGUAAUGGUGGAAACGAAGAAUCUUUGAUUGCUCGUGCUAAAGCAGUGAAGGGGCUAGUUGAGCUUGUCGCUGGUAACCUUGAGUCAGCUGAAACAUUUUUCCAUGGAGUCCAAUAUAAUGGAACUUGGAAUGACACUGCUGCUUUAUCAUAUGGAGAAUUUCUACAUGCUACACAAAAGUUUUCUCAGGCCAAAGAAUUAUACCAAAACGUAAUUGAAGGAGUGCCCAAAAGUGACGAUUUUAGUGACAUGAACACCUUGGCAGUUUGUAAUAUGGCUCCAGAUGAAGUUUUGCUUGCUGCAACCUUUGCCUUGGGGCAACUCGAGUCACACAUGGGGAAUUUUGGUGCUGCAGAGGAGAUAUUGACAAAGGCACUAACUAAAACAGAAGAGUACUUUGGCUCUAAUCAUCCAAAGGUUGGUGUUGUCUUGACCUGCAUAGCUCUCAUGUUUCGGAACAAAGCAACACAAGAGCGUUCAAGCUCUCUUUUGAUUCAAGAGGGACUUUACAGACGGGCAAUCGAGUUUCUGAAAGCUCCGCCAUUGGAGUCUAAAGAGACAAAACUGGACAGAGGGGAUAUUUUAGCUCUUGCAAGAGGUGGGUAUGCAGAAGUACUUUGUGUUCAACAGAACAGGAAGACUGAAGGUGAGAAAAUGAAGACAUGGGCAGAAGCUGUAUGGAGUAAUCGUCGAAUGUCACUAGCUGAUGCAUUAGACAUCUCAGAGCCUUCAAGUAGGGUGCCAGUUAUAGAUGCUCGAAUUAUCCGAGUGCUGUAGAUCAUCUUCAAUUCGUUUGAAUGUGGCAAUCAUCUAUGCUUUUGUUUAUAUGCAUUGACGAAUAAAUGUGCUAAACUUUGGAGCCUCUGUAACAAUUAUAUGACCUCCAUCAAUUAUAUGA